UAGGUGUUAGAUAUGUAAAUACAUGAAAAUUGAAUGGUGUAUAUGUAAAUCUUUUUCUUUCUGCUCCUACCUCUUGAAUUGCCACCUCUUAUUUUACUUCAACUGCCACAUCUAGGCUUGCCUUUGGGUUUUCCAUAGAAAAAUCUCUUGAUACUUAAAACUAUUAUGAUUGUACAUUCUCUUGAUACUUAGUUUCAUAAAAAAUCUCUACCUGCAAUAUUCGUGCAUGGAGAAACACUUGGAAACAUUUUUUUAGAACUCAUGAUAAUAGAUCUUGUUAGAAGUUUAAGAACCACGAACAACUCAAUUGAUGAUAUUUAUUCUUCACACCUUUAUUAUUUUCUAAUAUCUUUUGAACCUUUUCUCCUCCAAUUCUCCUCCAUCGGAAUUGUUGAAUCUCUUCAUCCAUCUCCCAGAAUAAUGGUGAGAGGAAGAGAUGCCUGUUGGGAACACUGUGUGUUGGUUGAUGCUACAAGGCAGAAAGUUCGGUGUAAUUAUUGCCGCCGUGAGUUCAGCGGAGGUGUCUAUAGAAUGAAAUUUCAUCUUGCUCAAAUCAAGAACAAAGACAUCGUCCCUUGCACCGAAGUCCCAGAUAACGUAAGAGAUUUGAUUCAUAGCGUACUCACUGCUCCAAAAAAGCCGAAAAUGACAAAAAAGCAGAAGAUUGAUCCGCCGCCAACUGGUCUGCAAAAUAGUUCCUCCGCUAGCGGCGGAUACCAUGCUGAUAAUGCCGUGUCAAGUGGCCAACACGGCAGCACCUGCCCCUCCAUGUUAUUACCUCGUCCUUCGCCGAGCGUACAACCAAUGGUUGAUGAUGAUAAGAAGCUGAAAUUCGAAGAAGCUGAUAGAAGGAUUGGUUUGUUCUUCAUCCAUAAUUCAAUUCCUUUCAGCGCUGCACAAUCUGUUCAUUAUCAGUCCAUGAUCGAUGCCAUUGCAGAAUGUGGGACGGGCUAUAAACCUCCGAGCUACGACACAUUUAGAACAACUCUUCUUGAAAAAGCUAAGACUGAAAUGCUCCAUAACAUCGAAAAAUUGAAGGAGGAUUGGAAAGAAACAGGCUGCACCAUUCUAUGUGAUAGUUGGUCAGAUGGUAAAUCCAAAUCACUAAUAGUUUUUUCAGUAGCAUCAGCUAAAGGUAUGAUUUAUCUUAAAUCUGUCGAUGUUUCUGCUCGCGCUGAUGACACCUAUUACCUUGUUGAUUUGCUUGGCUCGGUUAUUCGCGAGAUCGGCGAGGAGAAUGUCGUGCAAAUCAUAACAGAUAAUGCUACAAAUUAUGCUUGCGCAGCAGCCCUCCUCUUAAAGAGACAUCCUUCAUUAUUUUGGUGUCCAUGUGCCUCAUACUGUAUCCAGAAGAUGCUCGAAGACAUUAGCGAGCUAGAAUGGGUGAGCGAAGUUUUGGGGGAGGCGAGAUCAGUUGCACGGUUUAUAUACAAUAAUGAAUGGGUGCUAAGUUUGAUAAGAAAAUUUACAGGUGGAAGGGAAUUGAUUCGUCCGAAACUUACGAGAUUCAUGAUGAAUUUUCUUUGCCUGAGAUCCAUUGUGAUUCAAGAAGACAACCUGAAGCAUAUGUUCGGUCAUGCAGACUGGUUAUCUUCGUCCCACAACAGAAGACCCGAUUCACAAGCCAUUAAAUCUCUGAUUUAUUCAGAGAGAUUCUGGAAAUCUGCUCAUGAGGUUGUGAGUGUUUCGGAACCAAUUUUGAAACUUUUGAGGAUGGUGGAUGGUGAUAUGCCUUCUAUGGGUUAUACGUAUGAGGGAAUUGAGAGGGCAAAGCAAACAAUUAAGAUAUUUUAUAAGGGUUGUGAAGAGAAAUAUACGCAAUUUUGGGAUAUAAUUGACAGGAGAUGGAGCACACAAUUUCUUUCAAAUCUACCUGCGGCUGCAGCUUUCCUCAACCCAUCAGUGUUUUACAAUGCAAAUUAUAAGUUUGAUAAGAAUAUAAGAAAUGGAUUCCAUGCAGCAAUGUGGAAGAUGUUUACAGAAGAGAAAGAUAGGAUUGAACUUACAAAGGAGCAACCAAUGUAUUUAAAUGCACAAGCAGCUCUAGGGAGCGAUUUUGCCACCAUGGGAAGAACAUUGAACUCUCCCGGUGAUUGGUGGGCAGCUUAUGGUUAUGAGGUACCCAUGUUGCAGAAGGCUGCAAUGAGGAUACUCAACCAGCCAAGCAGUUCAUACUGGUGUAAAUGGAACUGGAGCACUUUCGAUAACAUUUAUAACAGUAAACGAAGCAAGUUCGAACUCGAGAAGCUCGGCGACUUGGUUUUCGUGCACUGUAAUCUACGGUUGCAGGAAAUCUGUCGAAGACGAGAAGGUAUGUUCAAACCAAUAAAUUACGACGAAAUCGAUGUUAGCGGCGAGUGGCCGACAGAAUCUGAAUCUUCAUCUCUUGUAUUGGAUGAUUCAUGGUUGCAUAAUCUUCCUUUUGAAUGUAGAGGAUACUUAGCAACAUAUGAAUAACCUCAUGUUUUCUAAUGUAUCAUAUUUAAUCAAUGAAUAUUCAUUUU